AUGUCCAAAAACAAGGUCCAAGGCGUCCAGGCUCUUGCCGGAUUUGGCCUAGAAGGCGCUGCCGUUAUCAACGAAGAAGAGAAAAAACCAAAGCAAUCGACUGUCGUCACUGUAAGCGCCACCAACCCAGCACAAGAAAAUGCCUCCGAGAUCAAUCUGCGACAGUCAAACUUCCUUCAACAGGCAGGCCUACAGCCAUCUGACUACUUGGGUCGCUUCAAAGAGAACUCGUGGCAGUUUUGCUCUACGCUAGUCGUCUUCCAGAUUAUUUUCAUCAUUCUCUUCGCCAUCUUCGUCGACUACGACUCCCAUAUUUACAAAGAUAGCAAAUACAUUAGCAAACUAACUGCCGACCCAGCUUCUCAAGAGUACAAGGAUGCCAUCCAAUUUUUCAAGGAUGCUGACCACCACCUCGUUCGAGACUACGCCUGGUUCCAAGACGUUCACGUCAUGAUCAUCGUCGGUUUCGGUUUUCUUAUGACCUUCCUCAAGCGAUACUCGUGGUCUUCACUCGGUUUCAACUUCCUCUUCUCCGCCUUUGCCAUUCAAUGGGGUAUGCUUGUUCAGGGUUGGUUCUUCGAAACCUCCAAGCACCAAGUCAAUAUUGCCGCUUCUCACUGGGAAAAUCUCAAGUCAAUCCAUAUCAACAUUCACGCAAUGAUGGAAGCCGAGUUCUCUGCCGGUGUUUGCCUUAUUUCUUUCGGUGCCGUCCUUGGUGUUGCCUCUCCAGUUCAGCUUCUUAUUAUGAUUCUUUUCGAAAUGGUCUUUUACAAGCUCAACGCAUGGAUUCUCCUCGACAUCUACAACGUGGCUGAUAUUGGUGGUUCCAUGGUCAUUCACGCUUUUGGUGCUUACUUUGGCCUUGCUGUCGCCCGAUGCCUUUUCAAAAAGGGACACAUUGACAACCCUGCUGAAGGCGGUGAGUACCACUCUGAUAUCUUCUCUCUUGUCGGUACCGUCUUCCUCUGGAUGUUCUGGCCUUCUUUCAACUCUAUGCCCGGUGGUGAUGACGAUCCAGGCCGAUACUUGGCCGUUAUGAACACUUACCUCGCUCUUGCCGGUGCUUGCAUGAUGACCUACGCUACAUCUAUCUGGUGCACUCCCAAUAGACGAAUCACCAUGGAGCACGUUCAGAACGCCACUCUCGCCGGAGGUGUUGCUAUGGGUUCUGCUGCUUCUAUGCCUGUCACUCCCUUCGGAGCUAUUAUCAUCGGUGCCAUCGCUGGUAUUCUCUCUACAUGCGGAUACUCCUUUAUUAAGCCCGCCCUUGCUAACGCCAUCAACCUUCACGAUACCUGCGGUGUUCACAAUCUCCACGGUAUGCCCGCUGUCAUGGGUGCUAUCGCUUCAGUUAUCCGAUGUGCCGCUGGAUACUACACCUCAGAUCAUGCCAGCGGAACAGAAAUGGCCAACUUCCAGCUCGCUGGUCUUGCUACAACUCUUGGUAUCUCACUGGUUGGUGGCACUAUCACAGGCUUCAUGAUGAACAUUCCUCUGUGGGAACAGCUCGAACUCGAGGAGUACUUCGAAGACGGCAAAUACUGGGAGAUGGAAGUCUACCAGGUUCCCCAAGAGGAAUAA